AGGAAGACCAGACCCUUCUACAGGAUCACUGCUUUGACAAUCACAAUCAUCACUGCAACAGGACUGCAGCCACCAUUUAAUGGGACUGCUCCCACCACCCUGAGCAACAGGGUGCCAGGUUAUAUCCUUACUCUGUCGGUUUAAGGCAGUGUUUCUGUAUCAUUAUCUUGAUCUAAAUUUCCUUUUUAAAUUGUAAUUCUGACUUAGACUCUCCCUGUGGUUUGCCUUGAAAGCAGUACAAAACGCCAUGUACUCAUCCAUUGUUUUCCUCCCAAACCAGAAUUUCCCAUGCCAAAACCUUUUCCAGAUGGAGGAGGAGGUUGUGAGGAAGACGAAGAUGCCCUGGGACAUGCAGGCAGACAAGGAGCAGAGGAUGGAGACCAGUGAGGACAAAGCCCCAUGGCACAACCUUGUAGCAGAGGCCAUUUUGAGUGGCUCCACAGCACAGGAAUACAAUGGGGAAGAAAAGCUGCAGAGAUCCUUCAGGAGGAGGGACUCCAAACCCAGCCCAGGGUGCUCUGAAAAGGAAAGACGCACCCAGUGCCAAGAAGGUGGACAAAGCUUCAGCCAGAGCUCAGAGCUGGUGGUCCAUGAGCAGCUUCCUGACGGGGCGAAGCCCCACAAGUGCUUGGAGUGUGGGAAGAGCUUCAGGCAGAGCAGCACCCUGAUCAGCCACCAGAUGAUCCACACAGGGGAAUGGGCCUACGAGUGUGGGGAGUGUGGGAAGGGCUUCAGCUGCAGUUCAAAACUUGUCAGGCAUCAACGCAUCCACACUGGGGAGAGGCCCUACGAGUGUCUUGAGUGCCAGAAGAGGUUUCACACCAGCUCCCAUCUCCUCCAGCACCAGCGGAUUCACACAGAUGAGAGGCCCUUCUGCUGCCCUGAUUGCGGGAAGGGCUUCAAGCGCAACUCCCACCUCGUCAGGCACCAGCUCAUACACACUGGGGAGAGGCCCUACGAGUGUCCCACGUGUGGGAAGAGGUUUGCCACCAGCUCCAAUCUCCUCCUGCAUGUGCAGAUUCACACAGAUGAGAGGCCCUUCUGCUGCUCUGACUGUGGACAGAGCUUCAGCCAGGGAUCAGAGCUGGUGGUCCAUGAGCAGCUUCAUGAUGGGGAGAAGCCACACAAGUGCUUGGAGUGUGGGAAGAGCUUCAGGCAGAGCAGCACCCUGAUCCGCCACCAGAUGAUCGACACCGGGGAAUGGGCCUACGAGUGUGGGGAAUGUGGGAAGGGCUUCAGCUACAGCUCAGAACUCGUGAAGCACCAACGCAUCCACACUGAGGAGAGGCCCUAUGAGUGUCCCCAGUGUCAGAAGAGGUUUCACACCAGCUCCAAUCUCCUCCUGCAUGAGCGGAUUCACACGGAUGAGAGGCCCUUCCGCUGCCCCGACUGCGGGAAGGGCUUCAACCGCAACUCCCACCUCGUCAGGCACCAGCGUAUCCACACUGUGGAGAGGCCCUAUGAGUGCCCCAGUGUGGGAAGAGCUUCACCCAGAGCUCGCACUUGA